ACCGCCUCGCCACACCUGUGUCGUUGGCCUCCGGCUGCUGUACUUGGUUGUCGUGCCAGUGCAGCUCGCCGGGGAUACAUGGUCCAGUGCAGAUCCACCAUCCGGCCGGAGCUCCUUUCCAUCUCCCCUCCCCACAGCCCCACCUCCUCCUCCAAGACACCCGCUUUUCCCAUGAACACGAUCUCACCCUCUUGCUCCUCCAUACACCUUCCGCUAUGUUGUUUGUUCUUGUGGUUGAGUGUAGUUAUUUUUGCAGAGAGAAGACGACCGGCAAAAACAAAGGAGUUGGCUAUGAAGAAGAUGGCGCAUCCCGUCACGGUUCUGUUUGGCACGCGAUGGGUUCAGGUGUGAAGAUGUGAUGGCUGUGUAAAGAAAAAAAUGAGUUUGUGUGUGAAAGAAAUAUGGUUGUGUUUUUUAGGCACGUAUAUAUGAUUUUGUUUACAAAAGCAGUUCAUCUCGAGUUGUGUUGCAGCUCAUUUUACUUGACCAUGUGGCUCGCUAUUCUUGAGGUUCAGGUUGCAGUCCCUGAGCUAGCAGCAUGCAGUGCACUCCUGUGGUUGACAAAAA